GGCUGAUCAGUCGAGUACGUGACGUUCCGCGAAUUCGAGGUACGGUGCAUCUACCGCUUUGCGUAUAACUACGGUGAAAGUCUCAUCUUUUUUUUUUUCCCGAACAUCGCUGAUACUAUUCCAUCGUAUUGUUCGAAACCGCUUCUCUAUCGUGUUUCCGAUAUUCGUAUAUCUCAUUCGUUGCUUCCGCUACACUAUUGAUUACCGAAAAAAAGAUCGCGUUGUCGUCUCGCGGAGGGACGAAGCCGACGAGGAACGUCAUACCAUUGUGUUGGCUUUUCAUCCAUCGGCACCGCUGGACGUUCUCGCGAAAUCAUGGAGGUCCUGCCGUGUCCCGUCAACGUGGACUUUAGCAACACCAGAGCUGGAAGUACGACGGACGAAUUGGACGGUGCUUGUCAGGCGCUGGCAAAGAGGCUGGAAGUCGAGCUUAGGAGGGCUAAACACGCCCAGCUAGCCUGCGGCGAGGUUCUUCUACCGGCCAAUUUGCUGCCUAAGGUAGCCAAAGACGUACUUACUAUGGCAGAGAACGAGCCCUGCGGCCUUAGGGGCUGCACGCUAUUCAUUAGUUUCGAGACAGACAGCAUGUGUCGCAAACUGUCGAAAAUACAAUGCGAUCCGAGUGCUGUGUCGACGUUCGAGCUCUAUCUCACAUUGAAGCAAGACUACACGUCCUGGCACAUGCUGCUACCUCAGUUCUUAAAAAAUCUCACGCGCGGCGGUACCAUCAUGAUCAGUAGGGACUUCACUCUGGAGAAGAAGAAACUCUACAGAUCCUAUCAGCAGUCUCAUUGAAGGAUUUCGGAUCACAAAUUUUGCACACGUUUUUCACCCGUUUUUUGCCUAUGCGCGUAAACGGAUGCGGCCACACAUUCUUGUCAGUCUGUCGCCCUACGGGCGAAUGUCAGCUGAAUUUGUACAAUAUCGCAAGACCAGGGGAAGAAGAGAUUCUAAGGAUAACGGAAGCAACGAUGCAGACCAGAGGUUAGACUUUUGUCGUUGUAAUGACACGCGAUCGCGAGGUUUUGCGUUUAACCCUUUAAUCAGAUAAAUAUGCGUUUGGAUUUUCUAUACAAAGCCACAUUUCAUUUUGGAGAGAAGUUUACUCUUGCGCGAAAAAGAUUGUCGUGAAUUCGAGAGAGAUAUAAAGUAAUUUAUAUGGAAACAUCGUUUUAUACAGUUGCAGUGAAUGCGACUGUCUUUCGAAAAAUCGGAUCUUGUGUCGAGCGUCUAAUAAUGUGUACAUUUAAUAAUUCGAAAAUUUUGGCGACGAGCGGUUUAACAAACCGAGAUCUAAGGAAUUAAGAAUCCAGAAAUUUCAGAAUCUACAAGAUUUUAUAAAAGAGUUUGAUAUAUAUGUCGAGUUAUUACACAGGAAUUCUAAAAACUACAAGAAUGAUUUUUAAAACACAUAGAGAGAAUUUAAGAAUCCAAGAUAACGCCGAAGAAUACGAGAACUAAAUCGUCUGCGAUGUCGAAGAUUGCGUAGAAUUUAAGGUACUUUCGGAGUCUAGUGGUUUAGAUCUGGAAUUGGAGGAUAUUGUAACAAUAAGAAGUUUUGAUGAAUUUAAUAAGAGAUUUUCAUUGUUAAGCAGCGAAUCGGUUAAAGGGUUUAACGACAACAUCACUCUUUAUUUUGUCCGCUGUCGCCUUGCAAUAUUAUAUCCAAGGAGAGAGAGGCCUAUGCAUACGAUAAUUGUGAUAGUGCGAAACAAAUUCUAUAAUAUAUAGUAGCAGCAGCAGCAGCAGCAGAUCUUAUCGCGAGGAGAUGCCCUCGCGUCUUCGUUCUCGAAGAAGAGAUAUGUGAUUAUAAGACUUGUAACAAAUUUCACGUGAUAUGUAGCGAAUAUAAUUAAUAGUUUUAGGGAGAGAGAGAGAGAGAGAGAGAGAGAGAGAGAGAGAAAGUGAGAGCGUUUUACUGAUUAAUCAUAGUCGGGUAGCUAUAGUCGCGUCGGAUGUGUUUAGCGAUGAUCUUUCGAAGCUUGCAUGACAAGUGAGCGCACAUUGUCCACUUUUUUUCUUUGCAAAAUGCGAAGUGAUCAUGUUGAAAUAAUGUGGCAGUGUUUUCCAAUGUAAGAAUCUCCUUCAUGGAGAUCUCUUGCAGGAUAGCCCAGAAGAGUGGGUAACAAGACUGUUAUUUCGUGAUUAAUUUAACUGUUAACAUUAACGUUUAAAAUGAUUCGAUUUUAUAACCGAAACAUUUUAAAUUAGGAAAAAAGUGCAAAUUUAAAACUCACAAUUAAUUUUUAUAUUUUCGAUUGAACUCCCGAGAAAGAGGAUUUAUCUUCUUUAAAAACUAUAUAGCAAAAGUAUAUUUCAACAGUGUGUUUACACAGUGCGCACACUUUUCUGGGACAUCCUGUACCUCGGUUGAUACAGAUGAUGGUACAGAUCAUCAGUCCAUUUCAUCAUUCCAUCUUUCACCGAACUUUCCCCCUUAUUUCUCCGUCAUUUUCUCCCUUCAUAACAAGUCGCUGUAUGAAAAAUCUCAUUAGAUUAAAAUAAUAACGUUCUCUCUCGAUGCUGAUAAUCAUCACGCUAGAUAUCACUGAUUAACAUGUUGAUAAUCAUGCCGCGCGAACGUGUGAUUUGUUUCAACUUGUUCAAAUCGUCCAACUUGUAUCGAGAGCUGCGCGCUUUCGUUUUCGAUUUGUACCAAUUGGUUUUCAUCUAAAUUUCUAUAUUUUGUAAAAUUUUGUUUUAAUGAAAUUCUGCGAAUAUACGAAUUAUUUUUCGAUAAAACAUGUGCGUUGAUGAAUAUUUACUCGUCGUUGAAAACUUGGCGAGAAGCGCGGUACUUGUGGAUCUCGUCAAAGAUUUUUCGUUCGUUGGAAUAUUUCUAAUCAUAUCGAGAGGAUUUCUCAAUGAAAUAAGAGUUGAAAAAGCGGUGCAAUUUCGAAUACUUCAGAGUAGUAACAAAUCUAAAAUCGAGAGUUAAGCCAGAAAGGAAAAUUGAUCCUACUGUGUAAAACAAUUGUAUAAAAAGAUAAUUGUAUAAAAUAAUAUACAAAAUAAUGACGUAAACUUGUGUGUAUAUAUGUAUAUAUAUAUAUAUACACACGCAUAUAUAUCUACUAGGCUAUAGAUGUGAUUGAGUUAUACAUCUUAAUAUAAUCUAAAAAUUGAUUCAUCUCGAAACUAUAUGGCUUGACUACUCUCUACAUAAUUUUUCAAACAGAGAAAGAUUUUCAAAUAGAGAAAUAAUGAUGAACUGAGCUCUCGCGCUCCUCGUUUCACGCGCUGGGUGAAAAGGGGCGAAGCGGACACUCGGGUUAGAUUAAUGCUUCGCCAUUGAACUAUUGUUUAAUCUUUGCUUCAGUUUGUCAUAUUAUUAUUAUUCGUUGACUACCGUACGUACUACUACAUACGUUGUGGUUAAUAUCUAUUCAUGUUUCCUUUGUGUAUCUACAUUUUUUAUUUCUUUACUCCUUUUUGUUCAUUUUUUUUAGUUCGCUUAUUGGUCUUUUCGCUUCGUCGUUUAAAUGCGAUUAAAGAUCUUAGUAGCGGUAUUGUGAUAUUAAGAAUUAUAAAGAGUAAUUAAGAGAGAGAGAGAAAGAGAGAGAGAGAGAGAGAGAGAGAGAGGAGAGAGUGCGUGAUUAUCGUUAAGGUUUAGAUUAAGGACAUUCGUUUCGUGAGGCUUCCUUCGCGGGAUCGAGAGAAAUGCGUUCGUUGCGUGUAAAAUGUAGAGUUGUAGAGGAAUACGAGCGCCCAAUGUUACCUACGCGCGCGCGCACGAAACCGGAGUCGAAAAUCUCUUUGUGGUUUAUUUACAAAGGAUGGCAACGUUUUAACCGGUCGAAUCGAGAAUAGUUGGUUCUCCUCUUUCGAAUUGAAUUAAAACGAAUCUCGCGCGACGAGAUUCGAUGGGAUUACAUUUGGGGGCGAAGGGGGAAGGGGCCCGUUUCUCGAUAAAACUUGAUAAAACGGAGCCGUCUCUCUUUCAAUGAAGACUUUCAAUGAAAGUCAAUGAAGCGUAAAUGCUCUUGCAAUAAAAUUCACCGUUUGAGGGAAACUUUAUGAAUGGAGAGAAAGAAAGAGCAAAAAAUAUUAUUUGUAUAUAUAUAUGUUAUUUUUUUAUAUACAUUGGAAUAAAAUAUAAUUUUUAUUGACAAACUUGAAUUUUUUGGCAUAAUCCGAUAAUAAAAUUUUAAAAUUUGUCUUCUAUAUUUCAAAAGCUUAUUACUUUUUUUAUAAUUAAGGGUUUAAACUAUAUAAUCUCAUAAAAUUAGAAUGUGUAAAUUAAGCUUUUUUUUUCAGAAUCUAAAAAUAAGAUCUCGCGAGAAUUUUUUAUACAGCAUCUUUUAUGAUCUCGAAAAUCUUGUAGAUUAAAUCAUUUGUUUAAAUUUUAGUCUAAAAAUAAAUUGAAAUUUAUAUUCCAUUUUAUUGAAAAAAUAUAUAAAAUUAAAUAAUAAUAUGAAAAAAUUUAAUAUAAGUAAUAAUAUAACUUCGAUGAUACAUAUAUACACACACAUUCAUCAAUAUCAAUAUUUAAUCAAAAAAUACGUAUUUUUCGGUUGUUUAUUAUAGAAUUCAAGAAAAAAACAGUUUAUGAAAACGAUUAGUACUUGAAAAUUACAACCGUAUACAAGUUUAAUAUGUCUCGUUAUUCAAAUUCUCAUUAAAGAUCCAAAGUUAAAGCGAUUUUGGUCAUUUUAUUGAAAAGAAGUCAAAAUUUAAAAUGUCAACACUUCGAAAUGAGAAAUAAUGAAUUUACGACGAGUUCAAAACUUGUCUCUCAAUGACCUAAAUCCUAAAUGAUGGAAUUGAACCGGUUAAAAAGGUUUAAGGGAGAGAGACACAAUCCCGUCCAGAAAACUUUUUCCCAUCAUCCUUCGAGUCGUACAUACAUUUACAUCCCCUUACUUUUUUUGCGAGGAUAAAAAAAGGAUGAAAGACAUAAUUAAAAAUCGAACACAAGUGAGGCACAGCCACGUGGUUAAAUAAAUGCACGGUGUAAAAUUGGGCUAUUGUAUUUGCACGAAGGUGUAAGACUGAUUUGCUGAGAUGACUUUACGAACGAUGCAGAAAUGUUGCCCGUUUCAAACCAGUCGGCACUUUAUUGUAAUACAGUGUGACUAUAGAAAAUUAUUUUCCGAAAGGAGACACACUAUCUAGAAAGAUGAUAAAAAUUAUUUCACGAUAAGAUACAUGAUAUAAAGAAAAAGUUUUUCUUUUAUUAUUAUAAUUAUCCACGUAUAAAUAUCGAUGUAAAAGAGAAUCAAUAAUCUUUCCGGGAAAUGAUAUUUGACGGAUACUGUAUAUAUUAACAUGUAAAUCACUGUAAUCGGCAAUUAUUUGUUACAAUAAUAACAAACGCUACAAACAACGACGUCGCAAGUCGAUUAAUUGUUUUGCGUUGUAGAGGUAGAGCGACGGAAAGCAAUACUCGCGGUUUCGUUCAAUUGUUAUUAUCAGUUCGUUACGAAUGCGUGUGGGUGAGUCAUACGAAUGUGCAUACAUUUUGUAUAAAGUAUAAAGUAUUAAUCAUUUAAAAUAGUUCUUUUUUUAUAUAAAAAUGCAAAACCGAUUUGAAUGAUGUGUAUAUAUAUUAUCGGAUAUAAUAUAAUUUAUAUUAUAUUGCCGCAAAUAUCGUAUAAUCUAUAAUGAUAUAUUUUAUAAAACAAAUUCUCCAAGUAUUGUGCGAAGUAAAAAAGUCAGAUGUGAGAGCUAUUAAAAGCUUGAAAACCACAAACUUUGUGAUUUACUUUAUUUAUAUAUGCAAUUUUAUAAUUGUUAUAUGUAGUGUGUAUGUAAGAAAAAGAAAAACUCUGUAAAAUUUUGAAAACUUAUUAAAGGGAGAGACCGUCAGAGAGACGGUCAAUGGUUAAAUAUGUAUGGAUGGAAUAAUUUAUAUACUUUCUGAAAUAUGUCACAUCACGAUAAUGUGGAAUAUGAUAUAAAGACGAGAAUCCUCAUUAAUUGCGUUUUUACGAUGUGCAAAAAUUUUAUUACAAAUGCAAAAAUUUAUCUCUUUUUUUUUUGUAUAGAAUUACUCCUACAAAGCAUUAAAAAAAUGCAAAUUUUUUUCUAAAGGAAAAAAGGCAACAUUAUGAAACACACACGCACACACACACACAUACAUACAUACAUACACACACACACACACACACACAGAAACACACACACACACACACAUAUAUAUAUAUAUACACAUAUAAUGAUACUUUUUUAAACGUAUCUUUGGUGAUCCAAUGCGAGGGACACAUUAUAGAACUGAAAGAAGUCCAAACGAUAACAAUAACAAUAAUUCGAUUACCGAGAUGAUAAGUUACAGUAACGAACAUGCUUGAUUGAUUGUAUCUGCGGUUUAUCGUUUGUAGCGAUUGUUUGUUGACAAGGUAAACGUUGGCUCGUGGCUCAAUCUGCAAAACAACACAUGUUACGCAUGUCGGUGUUGCAAAUUGCGUUACAUUACAGGAAGACGCGCUCUCGUCUCACUCCCACGCGAAGUAAUAAUUUUUUUCUUUUUUUUUACGAACUGUCUCACGAAAGAAUUUCCUGAUCUCAUGAGCGAUUCAAAGCGAAAUGGUUUAUCAUCUGCAUAUGACUAUAAAGUACGCGAAAGAUUCUUCAAAUAUCGCAUAAUCGCAUUGCGAUAAUGGCCAAGUGAAAUGUUUAACCUUAAACAGCAUGAAAUAUAUUUUUAAUAUUAUUAUACAUAUAUACGAAGCUUCAGAGAGAGAGAGAGAGAGAGAGAGAGAGAGAGAGAAUCUUUCUGAGAGAUUCAGUUAUUAAACAAUUGAAGACCCGCAGGUUGCAAAAACUUAUUCAAGAAUCUAUCAAUCGAUGAUAAUCUUUUUCUUUCUUCUCUUAAGGUUUCAGAUUUAGAAAGGCUUCUUUUUUAUACUGUUUAGGGUUAAACGUUAGGUCACCAUGAAGUCGAAUGAUCGAUGGAAGCGCGUUCUUCACAGGAAAAAAAGGAAAGAUGUAAAAGAUGUGAGAAUGACAGUUUCUCGUAUCUCGAGGAUAGAAAGAGAGAGAGAGAGAGAGAAAGAGAUAUUUCGUGUAAUGUUGCACAGCAAUGAUUUGCGUGACGCUCGCUGUGCUUUGAAUAUUUUUGUACCUUGCGCGAUAUAUAUGGAAGUCCGAUUAUACGUAGUUUCCGCGCGAUAGUUUGCUCGCGAUUAAUGUCGCGGUUUUUUCAAUAUGUGAAUAAUCCUUUGCAAACAUAUUUUCCGUAUUAAGGACCGCUAUGUGAUGUUAUUUCUAAUUAUUUAUAAUAUCUAUGACAAUUUAUCUGCGUUCAAGGGAAACGCAAAUAAUAAAAAAAAAAAAAAAAAGAUAUA